CGGUGACGUAUGACGCCGUGUCCACGCCCCCUGCUGGUGUGCGGCCAGUAGCGGGAGUUCCGCUCCGUCGUGAACUGGGACAGCAAGCGCACCUCUUAACAGUGUAUGUGUGGCAACAACAUGUCUGUGCCGCUGCUCACCGAGGCCGAGACGGUGUCCGCGACGGAGAAGGAGACCGCAGCGGUGAUCUUCCUUCAUGGGUUGGGAGACUCCGGGCAUGGGUGGGCAGAGUGUCUGAGAGGGAUCCAGCUGCCUCAUGUGAAGUUUAUCUGCCCCCACGCGCCCAGAAUCCCAGUCACUCUCUGCAGGAACAUGAUGCCUGCUUGGUUUGACCUCAUGGGUCUCACCCCCGAAUCCCCAGAGGAUGAAUCUGGAAUCAAGAAGGCAGCAGAAAACAUCAAGGCCAUCAUCGAACAUGAGGCUAAAAAUGGGAUUCCACCACACCGCAUAAUUCUCGGCGGCUUCUCUCAGGGUGGCGCGUUGUCCUUGUACACCGCUUUGACCUGCCAGCAUCAGUUGGCUGGUGUUGUCGCACUCAGUUGCUGGCUUCCACUUCACAGCAGUUUCCCAUUGGGAUCGGGCGGCAGCAAGAACCUGCCAAUCCUGCAGUGCCACGGUGAGAUGGACGACAUGAUCCCCAUGCAGUUUGGCGCCAUGACGGCAGCGAAACUCAAAUCUAUAGUUAAUCCUCAUUUGAUCACCUUUAAUACCUACCCAGGGCUCUCUCACUGCUCCUGUCCUCAGGAGAUGGCGACUGUAAAGGAAUUUGUCGAGAAGUAUUUGCCCCGGAUCUGACCUCACCUCAUCUAAACUCCACUGUAACCUCCCUGAGACACUGACCUUUCACCCCUAAUCUCCCAUUUUCCCCAAGGAAACAGCCAUGAGCACCCCACCCCUUCCUCAUAAACACACACACGUAAUAACAAUAAGUUGAUUUCACCCUGCUAAUCCAACCAUGCGCUUGUCGUCUAUAUCAGUUUCAGCAGACUCAUAGCCGAGUGCUUGCACUAACAAGUCUUAGCCUUUUGGAGGAAGAAAGCACUGAUAAAUUUCCGUUGGUUUUAUGAAAGUCUCUGUCUGUCGCCUCUACCUUAACCUGAGUCAUUCUCCAAUUUACCUCAAAUUUUGGCUUCAUUGUAGCUUCAUUUUCUUUUUCCACUGCCGUGAUUUUACCUUUGGCGUCGCUCCGAUCAUUUUUAAGACAUUUAGUGGUUAAACAGUAGUGUGCGAUUUACUGUGUGCGAACACACCAAGCCACAGUCAGAUUGAUUUCACCUCCAGUUCAUUUCUAUGCAGAAAAAUAGUUAAAGAGUUAACAUUAAGUGCAACUUUGAUACAGAAGGCUUAGAAACGGUAAAAUAGAUGCAUUGUUCUGGAAAUAUUUGUGCUUUUUAACUGCAUAGCAGAGACAGAUUUAGUGAGGUUAAAGCUGCAGUCAGUGAUAUGUUUUGGUUAGUUUUUAGAAAUACAACAAUAACAAAACACGAAAACAAUGAUACAAUGAGAAAUGUAGACAUUAACUCAAGGAUUUCACUGACCGCAGCUUUAAGUGAGAACAUUUUCAAGAAAACUCUGUGUCAAUCGCUGUUGUCCAACCACUAAUGACGCUAGCUUCUGCAGUUUAUGUUUACAGCCCUGCACAUGCUAAUUCCUGACCCUGACCCCUUAUUUGUGACAACUGAGUCAAUGUCACGUGGUUAAAUUUGGUCCAGGAGCAACAUCACUCACUCCAUUCCACCACCUACUGCCCCAAAAUAGUGCACUGCAGCCUGUCCAGGCCUUAAAUGUUAAUAUUUUCUCUUCAAACGCCUCUUUUAAUAUAUUUCCAACAUUUUUAUGACUUUUUAAUGAAUGUGAUUAAUCAUGUUGAGUCAUUAUAUGGAGAAAAUCCAAAUUAAACUAAAGAAAGAUAAUCAACAGCUGCAUUUGUCACCCUAAGUUAUUCUAUUCAGCUCUGAUCCUGUUAGUUAAUUUAUAUUUUAAAUGAGUUGCAUCAGUCCAAGUGGUCGCAGACCCUCACACAGGCAGCACGUCAUUUCUCCCACUGACGCUUCAUUUAUCAAACAUUCCCUCCCCACGAGCAGCCUCCUCUUCAUUAAACCUAUUUGUUUAACAAUAGUUUCCGUUCUUUAAAACUGCAGUAAUGUAAUCCUCCCUCCUCCAUAUGAUCUUCCGCACCAACAAAGCAGUCCUGAGUUUAAACUAACACACAUUUAUCCACAAGAAAACAAGAAAAUAUUCCCUUAUCGGCUUACUCUUUGGCAAUUUACUGUAAACAACUAAUGGAACAUAUAGAACACAUUUAAAGUUAAACCCAAAACUAUUGCUUAUUUAAAAAAGUAAAAUAAAAUAAAUAAAGGCUGCACACUGAGAGGGCUAUGGCAAGAAGCGGAUCCAACAUAAGUGUUGGUGGUGAUUUUACAAACAAAGAAGAAAUUCAAUGAUGAAAAGCUUGUAAUUCUUGGACAUAGCAGUGUAACUGAGGAGUGCUGUGUGCAUAAGCGUAAAUAUAUCAGGUGUUCCGCGUUUUUCUUUGUGAAUGUAAAUUUUGCUCUCCUCGUGAUUUCCUGUUCUGUACUGCUGUUAUUAAACCAGAUUUUUAAAACAAAAAAACAGUGGGGAAAGACAUCAGUUUUGAUUGUUGUUAACAAUUUAAUGAAUGUCUGUAACUCCUUGAGUGGGUUUUUAUUUUCUUGCAUCACUCGAAAUCUCAGAUGCAGCCCGGUGUUUUUGUUUGCUUCUCUGUAUUUAGUUUACCCUUUGACACCUUUUACGUCUUUUUAAUUAUUUGGAAAUGUUCUUAAGUGUGACAAUGCUGCACUGUCUUUUGUUUUCCUCCAGGGUUGUAUGUUGUAGAUUUAAUCUUUUUUGUUUUGUUUUGUUGUUGAUUUUGCUGUUUGUUGUGUUUUGUCACUGUUCUCGUCUCCUACUUUUUGUGCCUGUUUAUUAUGAUGACCAUUAAGAAAACUUGAGGUGAGACUGAUGGUCUUAACAAUAAUUUCUUUCCUAAACACCUGUAUGCGAAUUAAAUGACCGAAAAAUAAAAAUUGACUUGA